AGGGAGUCUGCUUCGGUCAGCUCGUGGGAACCAGCAAUAAUUCUCAGUGAAAAACUGGUGUCCAUUCGAGUUGCUGUUCGGAUAUGAGUAUAUGGCGUGAACUCUUUCGCGGCUUCGGGUUUUAUCAUUCCUUUUCCUUGUUCAAGAUGUCUUUCUCUCUUGGAAAAUCUGGUCUCCCCCUUCUCUGUAACCAUGGCUAUUAUUCAAAGUUACAGUUGAAAUUUAGCUUGCUUGAGUGAUCUGUGAAGAUGGAUUCCGAUCAGAAUUGUAGUUGGUUUGUAGAAUAUAUGGAUGAUGUUCAAGCCGCUGAAUAUCUUUGGCCUCCUCAGGUUAUUAGCGAUCAAGCAGUCUCAGGUUUGGGCCUUGGACUUGAAGUUCUGCUGAAGGAUGAGAAUUGUGCUGAAAAGUCAUGCUUGAAGAAGCGAGGUCGUAUAGAGUCUUCUGCUGGGCCAGGAACCAAAGCUUGCCGUGAAAAGAUGCGACGGGACAGGCUCAAUGAUAGGUUCUUAGAGUUGUGUUCCAUUCUGGAGCCAGGGAGGCUGCCAAAGGCAGACAAGGUUGUCAUCCUGAAUGAUGCAACUCGUCUUUUGAACCAGCUACAUCUUGAAGCACAAAAGCUUAAAGAAACAAAUGAUGUACUUAAAGUUACAAUACAAAACCUCAAGACAGAGAAGGUCGAGUUGCGGGAUGAGAAGGUGAAGUUGAAGGCAGAGAAAGAGAGGAUGGAGCAGAUGGUAAAGGGCCUGUGUGUUCCAUGUCCUUUUGUGCCACAUCAUACAUUCCCUGCAGCUACUACCACUUAUUCUGUCAAUGGGAAGAACAUUCCCUAUCAGCCAAGCUACCUGUCACCAAUGGCCAUGUGGCAAUGGAUGCCAUCUGCAUCUUGGGAUACCACUCAAGAUCAUGUUCUCAGGCCUCCUGUUGCUUAGGCCUUUAAGGCUAUUUACUAUGUCUAGUCCUCCUUUCCUUAGUGUUGUACUUGUAUUUGGGUGUUGAUGAUGGCAAUUGAAAAAAGUCUGAAUUGCCACUGAUCUAUUCCUGGUCUUACCACUGCUGGUUCCAUCUAUCUAUGAUAUUUCUAAUAGUAACUGCUAACCUUAUCUUUCAAACAAAAAGGGAAAAAGGGAAAAAAGUAACUGUUAAUCUUAUUCUCAUUGUAAAUUUUAGCACUCUUUGUUUCCAUGCUUUUAUUAUCUUUAAAGCGGUAUUCUUGACCCA